AUGCUCUUGACUAUAUUAGUAUUAUCAAAUUUAAUUUAAGAACUUGCCAUGGAACAUUCCAGCCAGUAAUCCGUUUGGGACAUACCAGUUACAGACAUCAAAGGUCAGCAAUAUCAAAAACUUGGUGACAUUUUCGGAGAAUAAAAGCCCAAGGCUACUAUAGUUGUUAAUGUUGCAUCGAACUGUGGAUUAACAAAUACUCAUUACACAUAACUAGAGGCACUUUACAAAAAAUACAAAAAUGAUGGACUUGAAAUACUAGGCUUCCCAUGCAAUCAGUUCUUCAGCUAAGAAAAAGGAUCGAAUGAUGAUAUCUUUAAAUUUGUUUGUGAAAAGUAUGACGCUACUUUCCCACUUAUGGAUAAGGUGAAUGUAAAUGGUGAUGAUGCUCAUGCUGUAUUCAAGUUUUUGAAAGCUUAAGCAAAGUUCAAGAAAAUUGGAUGGAAUUUUGGGAAAUUUUUGGUAGAUUAAAAUGGUUAAUAUAUUGAGUACGAUGGUCCUUUGACUAAACCAAAUAGUAUGAUUCCAGCAAUCGAAAAAGCACUAGGCUUGAAGAAAUGA